CGCACGUUUCUGCGCGCACCCCCAAACACCGCUUAGUGACAAUUGGUCGAGGGUGUACUAUGCGUACGGUGUCGAGAGGACGAGGUGUAUGUUCGUGUAAAUCGUGCGAAACGUUGUCAAAAUCGUGAAUUUCCUCGCGAGAAAAUCGACCGCGGUGAAAGGACUCGGAACGAGCUGGCCUCUUCUUUGUGAAGUGCCUUUUGUUGUGAACGCUGGAGGGGUAGACUUUCUUUCAUGCAUCCGCGAUCGUCGCCGCUGUUGAAAGCGGCAAAAGGGUGAGUGGCUGAGAAGAGGGGGAAAGGAAAGUAGCGCCAGGCGGACAUGAGGCGCGCGCGUUUCCCGCGCGAUGCACGUGAGUACAGUACGAAGUGAGGCGAGUGACAACACGAACGGGGAAACGUCAAGUGCCGCGCGACGAAACUGCGUUCGCCGCACUUCACGACGUAUAUCGGUAUAUACGUCGACGCGAUUUCGGAAAAACGGCGACUAUAGCGGAAUGACAUUCGUGCGAUUCGACCUGAUGAAAGAUCUUCGAGCGAGACGAUGACGCGUUACGAGGACGCACUCUUCGUUCCCUUAUCCCGCGUGGCGUAAACAGAUUCGCGAGUGUUGUGAUGAGCUGAAAAUUUAAAACAGCUCCGUUUCGUGUGUCAUUAAAUAUGUGCCGGUCGUUGUUCGUUGAUUUAUCAGUGAUUUACUUAUCGCGUUAAAGUACAUCGUUUCACACGAUCGAGAUUUAAUGUGUUAGACCUUAAAAGAGUCCGUAAAUACGUGUUUAUAUACCUGCCUCAGUGGACAUUAGCAGAAGCGUGAUUAUCUUAUCUAUACGGUAAACGGAAGGCGAAAGUGAAGUGAUCCAUUUAGAAAAGAUUACCGAAGUUAAUAGACCAGGAUAAUAGCUGUUUAUUUGCUAAUAGAAGCCUACAAUUUUGCUAUUCGAUGGUGGUUUGAGUAUUGUUCAAUAUGUCACUUUGAAUGUACCGUUCAUGUGACAUUCAGUAGAAGGCGAGAUAGUCCGUACCGGAAAUCCAAGAGUCCAAAUUUGCCAGAAGAAGUCUUUAAAGUCAGUUAAAUGAACGACGUCCUUAGCAUGAUGGAGGACAUCGACAGCAUGCACGUCGUCAAGACGCCAUGCAUCUCCAUCAACAGCAUCUCUCAUGACAGUGCCGACAGCGGCUAUCUGUCCAUUAUAACACCUCAAACCAGCGGCUGUACCCCAAAGAUAGCUGGUUAUCGCACGCGUUCGUCUACCGGCGCAUUGUUCUCCACCAAGAAGCAUAGAUAUCGUCCGGAUCCCUUCUUGUGCGAAAAGGUACUGAGGCAUCGCUCCAAAUUCAAUUAUCGUCUAAACACCUCCGAGUUCCACAAUACUCUGGAUUAUCUCGUAUCUGAGAAGUCCGUCGAACAGGACUCUGUAUUGGAACCGUCGUGCACGCACGAUAACCAGAAUCUCAGUUUGGUGCAUUCUACCCCAAGCUGUGCAAACAAUGAAUUCGACAGGCCGCUCAGGAACAGGAGGAAUUGGAGGACCACGGUGCCUGUCACCCCCGCGUCCACGGAUUUCCAAAUCCUCUCUCCACCCCCGUCACCGGCGGUACCCUCUUCAUCUGACGUAGCCUCGGAGCCCAUCCUGGAGGAUGCGGAAAUGAAGCUAGUCUAUACGCCACAUGGUAAAUCGCAACAGGUCAGGACGCCGCCGAAACUCAAAGUUUUGAUCCCGCGAGUUGUGAUCUCACCGAUUCAUAUGAGAAACAGUCCCAUCAUAACGUCAGCGGAUAAUCGUAAGUUGCGCGAACUGCGUAUCACGGAUUUGGCUGCCUCAUCCGAGAUUAAGCCCAAGAAGCUGGACUUCAGCCAUCGCGGUCUAUGUGUGUCGCUGCGGAAUAGCCGAAGAUUUACUUUUGACUAUACGGGAAGAGAGAAAGUGGAUUUCCUAUCUCUUCUUGGAGAAGAAAGCAACCAUUUGAAUCUAGUGUCGAAAAUCUUAUCUUUUCUCACGUCUCAAGAUCUGUGCUCGGUCAGUAUGGUAUCCAGAGUGUGGAGGAAGAUCUGCAAAAGUGAUUCGUGUGCCAAUAAACGAAAAAUGAGUUUUAUCAUGCGUAAGAACACCAUCAAGGAGAACUUGUGGCUGUUCGCAAUGGCGAAGAAGGCGAAGCGUGAAGAGGAUAUACAGACGAGCCCUAAGAGCAGACGUUAUGUUCGGAAAGGAUACUUGCUGGAUGUACAGAAUUUGCUGCAGGUUCCAGUACAGCCAAAUAGUCCACCUGUAUCACCGAGCAAAAUUAAAUUUCAUUCCUUCGUCAAGGCUAGUCGUACGCUUGCUAGUGGUGAAUAUCUGUUGCCAUGUCCGAGGUGCAGCUUUCCUUGUCAUGUGGAUAGCGAGAAGAACGUGGGUGCCUGUUCGAGGCAGGGUUGUUCCAUCGAGUUUUGCAUCUCAUGCUCGUCGAAACCACACAUUGGUCCGUGUAAGACGCCCUUACUGGCCACCCCGACGAAACGCAACAACAAACGUCUGAUCGCCGGCUCGAGACAGAGCAAACGGAAUUUGCGUCGAUUGUAAAUCGAUUCCUUUUCCUUUGGUCGAGGAGAGAAGAACUAGUCUAGUUACAGAAUUGCGUCGGCACUCUAUCGAGUGGAAAAGCAAACGUACAUUAUAGAUAAAAUGUGUAUAUUAUAAACGUCGACAGCGUCAAGAGCGAUUUUAUAGUCUAAUUUGAAAGAUAAAUUAAUAUUCUAGUGAUUAAUUUUCCCGGCUAGUUUAUGGCGAACAUUUAAAUGGAAUGGAUGCGACGUGCUUGUUGCGUAUAGAAAUGAAUUUGAUUGCACAUCGCAGCGAUACGACACAUCUUUAUAGUUUGAAAAACGCCUUAAGAGUGUAUAGUUUGAAAAACGCCUUAAAAGUGUAUAGUUUGAAAAACGCCUUAAGGGUGUUUUCGUAUAGACGAUAUUAGCCUACGAGGUGGUAUAAGCGUAUUUAACUGCCGUAAAUGCCGCUCGUGAAUAAUUUUUAAAUGUCAUAAAAUCCACGAACACUCUAAUUCGCCCCGUUCUGUCGACAUUAGUUGAAGGGGCUGGAUACUGAAGUAUAACUUAAAUCUCUCGAACGACAUCGACGGAUACGUAAUCGAAUCCUUCUCCAGUCCUCCUCCUCGUCGAUCCUCAGAGUAAAUUCCGCCCUGAGCGAUGCAACUCGGCAGCGGACAAAAGUACGAGCGAGAAAGAAGGAGAGAGAACGAGAGUCAAGGGGGAGAGUAUCCUGGGACACUAAAAGAAAAGAAAAAAAUGCGAAAAUGGGAGGGAAGGGAGAAAUGAGAAGCCAUAAAGGUAACGAUCGUAAAACCACGUAAGGUACCGGCGAAACACUUUGCGUCGCCCGGAUAUUCCGCUUUUUACCGGGCGCUCUUAGCUCCCUAAUGAAAACGGGGAGAGAGUUGGCCAGGGGCCCGCGUGCGUUUCUUGUGGCUGGGGCCUGUCCGCAGAAACCACUCUUUCUCUCACAGGAAUCAUAAAACACGGUAACCGUCGGAACGAUCACGAAUUCCGUCACGAUGUCUGUCAAGACGCGAGCAAGACGAAUUCUCAUUCGUCUAAUGGCUUGAUUCUAUUUAUCAUUUUUUCAUAAAUAUUAGAAACAUACUGAGUUUCUAUCUUUUCUGGCGAAUAUUUUGUUUCUAUUUUAACCUUACGCAACAAGACACGAACAGUUUAAAUAAUCCUUUAUUCUUAACAGAAUAUUUAAUACUGAAUUCGCAAAAAGAGAAAAGGGUGAGAAUGGGAUGGAUUAUGAUAAAAUCUAGUAACUAUCUCGAGAUAUGAUUUAAAUUAUUUGAUAUGAUAUUCAACACAUGAUAUUCAACGAUAACAAAUGAGAAAGAUUUAGGAUGAGAAAACAGAUGUAUGCCUUUAAAUUCCCAAUUUGUAGCAUGUAAUUUUCUCUCUUUUGUAUGUCGAGUAGACAUUGUUAAAAUUUUAUAAGAGUCCACAUUCUCUUUUUUCCGACGCGAAUCUGUAAAUAUCAUACUCUCGCUUAAUUCGUUCAAUAAGUAUUAUCGAAAUUGCAUAGUAAUAGAUGGAUGCAAGUGUGCGAGAAAUAAUGAGUGCCAGAAUAGGAAGUGAGAACAGAAAAAAUGAAUA